UAUGAUUCGAGCAAUAAAGUAGCCUUUACUCGACCUGUACUCAAAGUUCUUGAACUUGUUUUAAUGGAGAUGCGUUAAACAUGAGGUAGAAGUGAAUAGAUUUAAAUGGAAAAUCACCGAACAUCGUCUCGUAGCAGCUUAUAGACAAAACACCCUUGACCUCCGUCGAUGGAUAUAUCCUUUUUCCAGCGCCACCGACUCUCGAGGGUGCAUCGACGCCUGAACUUGGUAUAUCCGAAAUCGAAGAACGACGACCAGCAUCGAGUUACGGAAUUCCGUAUAACGAUGACGGAGCAACAACCAAAUGACAAGGAAGACGAUGAGGAUGUGGUUUGCGGAAUCGAUACAUCUACGACAAUAUCAGAAGAGACUUUUCCACGAUACAAAACGCCGGUGCAUUUACAAAAAUCCGUCAAAUCGGUUGCCAUUCAAACGAUAAUCGGCCAACCAUUGCGACUAAGAGUUUUACCAUCCGUUAAAGACAUUGUUCAUGAAAACGAAACGAAUUCAGCAGAUGUAAAAGGAUUUUCUAAAAUAUGGAAAUAUAUUAGAUUCUUAGGAAGAUUAUCCCUUUCUUUGUUCGGAUUGUUCUGGUUUCUCAUCUCCUGGGCAAUCGUAGGUGCCAUUGUUUUCUGCGCCAUCGAAGGGCCAAGGGAACGUGAACAAGUAACAAAACUGAAAGAUAUGCAAAAUGAUUUAUCAGUUAGCUUAGCAACGGAGUUAAGGCAAUUGCGUACAGAAAAGGAGGAAGAUCUAGAGCCACUUUGGAGCGUCAAAGUAGAAAAAUAUGUGGCGAAACACGAAGAGCUUUUGCUGAGGGCAGUUAAUUCUGGAUAUGGUGAAAGUGGCAAUAGUGGAGAACUUUGGACGCUUCCUGGUUGUAUCCUUUUUUCUCUUUCACUUCUCACUACUCUUGGUUUCGGUGCUCCCGUUCCACGUACAACAAUCGGUCGUACGGUAACCGUUAUUUUUGCAGCAAUUGGUAUACCUGCACAUUUCCUUUUGAUCAUGAAUGUCGGCCUUCUGUUAGCUAUUCGAUUACAGAGAUACGCCAUAUCAAGGAAAUUUGAUGAAUACGAUCAAAAGGAUCCGAAAUAUUUAGCACCGAUACCCAAAUGGGUUAAAAUAGUACCUUUCGUUUUUGGAGUUAGAGAAUAUAAGUUUCUCUAUGAUCCAAGUAAUAAGUGGUACAGUGACAAUCAAAAGAAGGAUAUAGCGUGGAAGGAAAUUUCAAAGCAUCUCAGAGUGCAAGAACAAGACUGCAGAAAAACUUGGGCCUUAUUGCGAGACUCCUUCAGGCGUGCCAUAAAGAAACAGAAAAAGAAUAGCCAAGCGAACGUAACUUGCAAGAAAUGGAGGUAUCAAGAUGAGAUGUCGUUUCUAAUACCGUUUAUGAAGGAAAGAUCUACUCUUUGCAUACUGACACCUCAAACCGACGAGCACGAUGAUUAUGAAGUUAAUUUGGAUAGUGAAAGUUCUAUCCCAUCUCUAGAUUAUACAUCCGAUAGAGUGUCAACAGACAACAACCCAUUCAAUCUGAGUACAGCAACGGCCGUGGUGCGUUCAACUAAAUGCCAACGAAAUAAUUCAUUUAAAAAUCUCUCGAGCGAAGAAACAUUAAUGAAAUACGUAUUAGAUAAUAAAAGGAACUGCGACGACAUUGAACAGUUCUUUGCCAGUAUGGCUACGACAGUGAAAUCUUUUCCGCCGCGAGAAAGAGCUAUAGCAAAAGCUAAGGUGUUUGAACUUAUUUCCAAAAUGGAAAUAGAUAUUCUAAGCAAUCCAUCUACUUCUGAUAACAAACCAACGAUUCCCUUCUAGUCAAAUGACACUUAUGAAAGGAGUUCUUGCACUCCUUCCUCUUUUAACUCGUUCACUGCGGACGUUACAGGUCUGCUACGGCUGUGAUUUUGGAAAUUAUAAGAAAUAAUGUUAUUUUUAUAUGGAUAUAUAUAAACAUAUCACUAUUUAUAGAUGAUUGAUAAAAAAAUAUUGAAAUUUUUAAGUUUACAUUAUUAAUAUUAUUUUUACUUAUCUGAAUGUCUUUAAGUCUGCAGCGAACGUGUUAAGUCACCGAUGUGUGAUUUUUUAAAUAUAAUAUAAUAGUAUAUUUUUCUUUAUAAGAUAUAAAAAUAAAUCUGUUCUACGUUGAACAAA